AUGACUAUAGCAAUCUUUGCUUUAAUUACUAUUAUACUGCACUCCCAUCACUUUUUUCCCCUUAUCCUUUUAGUUUUACCCACAACCAAAUAUCCUUAUGAAAUUAAUAUGGGUUGUGUUAGAAGAGGGAAUAUGGAAGCUGGAGCAAUUAUUACUAAGGAUAUGAAAGUGGAGAUUAAUUCAUCGACGGAACCGGAAAAUAUAUCGCCGACAUCGGAAAAUGUAACGACGGGAGGAUUAGCAAGGCAAGGAAGUAUGUCCAAGAACAGUUGUCUUUGCUCUCCGACGACUCAUGCAGGUUCAUUCAGAUGCAGGCUUCAUCGUGCUCCGACGACGACUAAUACGAAUCUCCAGAGGACUAAAAGUAUUGAAUCAAAUCCUAAGGCUAAUCCCAAUGCUUAUACAACUUGCUAGCAAUCGUGCUUAAUUCUAUAGUUCUAUGGAGUACGCACAAUAAAAAUUGGAUUAUUACUAUAAGUCACUUAUGUUAAAAUCUUGUAUUUUGAUGUAUGUAUUGUAACGUUGCUUCUAUUUCUUAUUAAUUAAU